GUCACUUUGACAAGCUCGCGCUCGCUCUCCUCCCUCUUCUCCGCGCAAUUAGCAUAUUAAUCAGCCCCCGGAUCGGAUUCGGAGGCGAUCGGAGCGCAUCGUCUCGCGCGGCGAGGCCAACGCAGCAACAGCCCAGCCCUGUACGCGCCGGCGGGCACAGGGAGGGAGAGCCAGAGAGAAAGAGAGGGCUCGGGCUGCCCCGCUUGCUGCGGCUCCUCCUGCGCUUCCCUGCGGGGAGGCCCCACGCUCGGGGGGGCCUUGCUCCGGGGCCGGGCCGGGGUCUCUCUGAGGGCGGCGGAUGCCAGGGCCCCGCCGAGCGGGCACGUCGCACCUCCCCUGCGCCAGGCCGGGCAUGUGAAGAUGUCAGUGGGCUGUGCGUGCCCAGGCUGUUCCUCUAAGUCAUUCAAGCUGUACUCUCCAAAGGAGCCCCCAAACGGCAACGCCUUCCCCCCCUUCCACCCGGGCACUAUGCUGGAUCGAGAUGUGGGACCGACUCCUAUGUAUCCACCAACGUACCUGGAGCCUGGAAUUGGGAGGCACACACCAUAUGGCAACCAGACUGACUACAGGAUAUUUGAGCUCAAUAAGCGGCUGCAGAACUGGACAGAGGAAUGUGACAAUCUGUGGUGGGAUGCCUUCACCACUGAGUUUUUUGAAGAUGAUGCCAUGUUAACAAUCACUUUCUGUCUGGAAGAUGGACCAAAGAGAUACACGAUUGGCCGCACCCUGAUUCCUCGCUACUUCCGCAGUAUCUUCGAAGGGGGUGCUACUGAGCUGUAUUAUGUCCUGAAACACCCCAAGGAGUCCUUCCACAAUAACUUUGUCUCGCUUGACUGUGACCAGUGUACUAUGGUCACCCAGCAUGGCAAGCCCAUGUUCACACAGGUGUGUGUGGAGGGUCGCCUUUACCUGGAGUUUAUGUUUGAUGACAUGAUGAGGAUAAAGACGUGGCACUUCAGCAUCCGGCAGCACCGAGAGCUCAUUCCCCGCAGCAUCCUUGCCAUGCAUGCACAAGACCCCCAGAUGCUGGACCAGUUGUCCAAGAACAUCACCCGUUGUGGACUUUCAAACUCCACACUCAACUACCUCCGACUUUGUGUAAUCCUAGAACCAAUGCAGGAGUUGAUGUCGCGGCACAAGACCUACAGCCUCAGCCCCCGAGACUGCCUCAAGACAUGCCUCUUCCAGAAGUGGCAGCGUAUGGUGGCACCACCUGCUGAGCCUGCACGGCAGCAGCCCAGCAAACGCCGGAAAAGGAAGAUGUCAGGGGGCAGCACCAUGAGUUCUGGUGGUGGCAACACAAAUAACAGCAACAGCAAGAAGAAGAGCCCAGCCAGCACCUUUGCUCUCUCCAGUCAGGUACCUGAUGUGAUGGUGGUGGGCGAGCCAACCUUGAUGGGCGGAGAGUUUGGCGACGAGGAUGAGCGCCUUAUCACACGGCUGGAGAACACACAGUUCGACGCUGCCAAUGGCAUUGAUGAUGAGGACAGCUUCAACAACUCUCCUGCAUUGGGCGCCAAUAGUCCCUGGAACAGCAAGCCCCCCUCCAGUCAGGAGAGCAAGUCUGAAAAUCCUACGUCGCAAGCAUCGCAGUAAAGCCCCCACCCACUGCCCAGCCUGGCCUGGCCAUGACUUGGCUGGUAUCCCCACGGACUGAGUUGAAACCGUUCUACCUGGACAUUUGUGAAGAAGAGUGGCUGGCUGGCUGGCAAGGUAGCAGGGCCGAUGGGCACUGCAGUCUGCCCACCUACCUGCCUCCAGUCUGCCUGACCACCACUCCCUGCUGUCUGCACUCUUCGCUGUGCCCCUUGGGGGCAGACUUGGGGCACUGAGACCUGAUGGAGCUUUGAUCUCACUCUAGCUCCAGCAGAAUUUUAAUCCCCUCUCCCCCCCCCCUUGCCCCACACACUCAGAGCCCUUGAUGCCACAAACUACUCUCAUGUGGGAUGGGGUUCCAUGUUCAGUGCAUAUGCAGCUCCCCAGCACCUGAUCACCUUGCCUGAUUUGGCAAGAGAUCGGCCAAGUGCUUAAGCUGGUUUGACAGAAUGUCUACCUGAGCACGUUUUAUUUUUCCUGUUCCAUAUUCAACCUCAAGGGGGCUCCCUUCCAGCAAGAGAGUCUGCCAACAAUGUGCUGACGACUCUAUUACUCCCAGUGGGGGCAGCUAAGAUUUUGUGGGACAGGUCUCAGUCCCUGCUGGCAGCUGUAGGUGUGACAGGGCAAGUAUUUCUGUUCUGCCUGAAGAACUCAGAAAACCAGUGUGGGAGCAGGUGGAGUUGGGGGUUUAACACCUCCUGGAAUGUGAUUAGAAAACUGCCCUGCAGUCAUAUGGGAUGGGCAGAUGUCCCUUCUAGUCUGAUCUUUGGGUUGUAGGACCAGCCUGCUGCCCAGCCGACUCCUGCAGAAAACCGCUAUCUUGACCCCCUCCCAGUACUUGGUUUUUGUUUUU